GGUUGCUCAGUCGCGAUGAUGAACCGAGAGAGUAAGUAAAUAUCAAACGAACGAUGUCGUUCGGGGCCCGAAAAUUUUUCGCGUUUCCUCGAAACAAAGAUGGUUCUUCACUUUAACCUUCCUCAGUCGAUAGUUCCUCGAUCCGGUGCUAGCAGAUUUUGUAUUGUCGUAGGCGUAGAUAAGUUGACCACGAAAAACCGAACGGUGCGUGAGUUUUGUGCCUCUGCGAUCGGAUGUUUCAAUCAGGUGAAAAAUCAAUUUUCCCACUUCCAAAAUCACCCCCCACUCAGUCAGUGAGUGUGAAACAGGGAAGAAUCAUAAUCAAAACAUAAGGUGAAUAUGCCAAGUGUGGUUGGUAAAAUGUCAAAACAUGCCUUUACAUUGCCAUGAUGGAACAACAUCCGUGUGUGAGAGGUGGCAAUUGCGCAUGAUCCUGAGGGAAACUCACCACUCGAAGAAAAACACAUGUGUACGACGGCUCUUAUAACAGAACGUCAGUCGGAAAAUUGCUCUCAGUUUUUCGUGAACUACCAAAUCGACCGUGUGUGGACCGUGGCUCCUGGUGGGUGGAAUCCUUCCUCCAGCAUCGGAUAAAGCAAAGCAAAGUGUUAUUUUUUUUAUCCGUGAAACAGUGCUGAGUAAACGAGAUUAACUCGGAUCAAAGUCGAUUCCAUAUUUAUGCAAAUUAUUACUAGCACAGGGUAGAAAAUCCGUCCGUGAACCGUUCUGAUUUGCGGUGAAUGCGAAAACGAAACAUUUGCGGAAACUUUUCUGCACUUUCUUUCCCGGAAAGGUACCGCAGUGGUUCCGUACAACUCGUACCGAAAAGAAACUAUUUCAAGGAUAAAAUCGCUGCUCCGACAGGCGCCAACCCCGCCAGCCAGUCUCUCCGCUUUGUCUGCACUGGCCACCCAAAAACUCGUGCUGUUUCUUCAGUCUUAUCGGUUCCUUAGCACUUCCUCAGCUGUACCAGUCGUUGACGUGCGGACGGGGAAGAGUGGCGAGCGUGCGGAGUGAAAUUCUGAUUGAAGUAGUGAAGAAAGUGCAGGAGCAGGAUACGAAGAGUGAACCACGAACUAGCAGUAAAUUAAUCGCUACAUAAAUAGCCCCACUGUAAAAUGCCGCACGAAUCCUGGAUCGGCACCGAGAGCAAGGUCCUGAAAAUGUUGAACAAGGCUUCAACAAGUUAUUGCUAGUAGUGAGAACUUUGGCCUGCUGCAGGAAAAUUUGUUCUCCCGAGCGUGGGAAGAAAAGUGCACUGUUGUUGUCACAGGAAGCAGCAGCUGAACCAAGGAUAAAGGCUAAUAAAUCAUUUACUUUAACCGACGGCACGUGCGGGUUUUCCUCGGUGUGUAGCAAAAGCGUCGACGAAUGUCGGGUGUUGAUGUUGGUCUUGGUGUUGGUCUUGGUGUAUGUGUGCGUAUACGCCAUUGUGGUGGUAUGUGGUCAUGAAUUGAACAACAACUCGUCGUGAUUAAUAUGUAAUUUGGCUACGCGUUGAUAUCGCUUCGGUUUCACGCGGGGUAUCGUGAGAAUAAUAAUACUGCAAGUGUUACGGCAAUUCCGACGAACAGGCGGCUAACAGACAGAACCCAUCAGCGAUAUAUCACAAAAAGAUUAUAACUGCCUCGCAUUUCAAGCUUCAGUGCUUAAGGGAUUUGAGACAUAAUUAACAUCGACAUUGCCGUGGAAAUUAAACCUCAUUUCUACGUAAAAAACACAAAAACAUCAUAACAGAGAGAGAGAGAGAGAGAGAGAGAGAGAGAGAAAAUACCCUCUUGCAGCGAGCGGACUACCCACUUCCACGUUAUUGCGGGAAAUAUGACUUCGGGUCAUCAGAACUCAUGGUGCCACGACGGCUAACGUAUCCCGGCAACCCCCUACGAGCGUCUCCGGCAUUAGUUCUCUGCGUGUGACAGUUGAAAAUACGCACAACAUUUCUAUAUUGACCGCACUGUGCAAACUUUUACCGCCCACGGUACAUUAAUGGAAUGGUAAACGAAACUCUUGCUGUCAUCCCUAACCAGAACUGACCGGAAGAACCGGAAUUGCUUCUCGCGGAUCCGACCGAGGCACUACCCUCCCCCUUCAACACCCUUGACACACAUGGCAUCGCGCGACCUUCCGGACGAUGCUGCUAGCAAUGAUAAAUGGCAAGACAGAGCUUAAAUUUGGGCUCUGCAGUAAACACAACUAGGAAAACUACAGCCGUUAGUUUGUGCCGACUUCGAGAGCACAACCGUUAUUAAAUGCAGAAAUUGCAUCCGGACUAUCGAACUCGGUGUGGCCAAGUACCACCCAGCCCCCGGUGCAUGUGUUUUUUGCCGAAGUGAUAACAACGCAAAAAAGCUCGGAUCGGAGUCUGCAAGUGCAGUGCAGUAAAUAGAAGAGGCUCCCCAGGAGAACCCUUCAUAGUAGAGUUCAGUAAAUCAAAGUUCGAAAAGAGAUCCCCUGGAAGAAACGAAGGUAGCAAGUGUCCGUGUGUUAGUGCUUCUUGUGUAUUUGUGGUUUCUGUGUUUGCAAUCCAAAUCAAAUCAAUAUUGGCGAUGUGCUCCAAACCAAACACUAGCAGCAGCAGCAGGCAUAUCUUGGUAGUUGGUACUCUGUUUUUAAUAAUUGUGGAAAUAAAUCAAACAGAUUGCAAUUUCAUACUUCCCAAUGUGGGAACGAGCGGUGGUGCUGCCGUUGCAUCGCCAUCGGCCUCGGCCGGACUGGUCACUAUCAACACUCAGCUGCUCAGCAGUGAUGAUAUCGGAAGCAGCAGCAAUGAAAAGAUCCUUACCUUCGAGGAAACAACCAAUGGGUACACGACGACCAGUGGCGGGGCUGCCGCGGCCUCCGGUUCACCGGCCGGCAGUGUCGCCUCCUCGGCCAAUGCCAGCACCAUGAACGGAUUCGAGGGACAGAUACCGUUGGAACGAUUGCCAUCCAAUACACUGCUCAAGUAUACUGCCUACAAGGACGUUUCGAUUCUACAUUUCCGCAUACCAACCGACACCCGUACGGCCUUCUUUAGUUUUAAGGCAUACGAGGAAUCUAAAAGUGCCUUCCAACGUGUGUGUCAACCGAACGACAUUACGUUGCACCUGAAAGCUGGCAGCUAUCCAGUGAUCAGUCCGGAGAAUAUUACGUUCCCGAAGCAUUUCCUAAGCGCCGAUGAAAGAUUCGAGAUACAUAAUUUACAAUUUAAAUCCGACAGCAUAACACGACGACUGAGCAUAGAUGGACCACAUCCGGGUAAUUGGUUUGCCGUGGCAUUCAUCAGCUGGACUGAUCCCAACAACGAACGUAUUGAACAGCAAGGUUUGGCUCCAUCAUGCGAGACGCUGCUGAUGUCAGAAAUGUCCGUGACAAACAUCACACCGACUAUCCUGAACUCGCAGAGUUCCCACCGCGAUACGCUCGGCACCAACCAGACCGAACCACGGAGCUACAAGUUUUUCAUCCCGGACGGUGUUGCGGUGGUCACUUGGAGACUACAAAUCACUAAAGCUUGUAACGAUUGCAACGAUGUCAGCUUCUUCGUCCAAGCACACUCACCGCCCACCCACAAAGACUACCUAGAAAAUGCCAUCUUCUGUCCUAACCAAACGGGAACCGUUAGCAUAGAUUUUUAUCCACAGGAAGGAGUCUGGCACUAUGUCGAUCUAGAUUUUCUUGCGGGAAACGAAGGUCAUGUGAACCGUUCGUCAACCAAUGGCAGUAAUCGUAGUGAUGUAAAUGUGAUGGAAUUAGACUAUGAAAUAGAAAUGGAAUUCAAAUCGGUCGAGGACGAUCAUUCCAGGGAAGUACUAAACAUUCCAAGAACGGAAACGAACAAACCGACGGUAGAGAAAACCCUCGUACGCAGAGCUUUCGAUCAAUAUCCGCUACUCCGUCAAACGUAUCGGGAAUUUUUCAUGUUCGACUACGAUCUUUUGCCAGAUAUCAACGGUACCGUUCCACUGACGUUGAAUCUUAGCGCGGAUACACCAGCGUUGAUGAAAUUCGACGUAAACGAUGUCUACGAUAUCGGAGGAACUCUAAGCUUUGCGAUCGCCAUGCGACAAGAUAUGAAAAGUGCGUUAAUCGAUGCACAUCAAGCCAACAGCAAUGACCAUGUUGGAGUGGUUGCUGAAAAGCUAAUCGAUGUUCAGGAAGAUUUCGUUGAGGAGGUUACUACAACAACGACAACCAGCACGACUAGCAUACCAGCCCUGGGAGGAGCCAAGGAGUCUAACCGGACCAAUCAAACGGUGAUCGUAUGUAUGCGCCUUGGUGAACCUGGAGUACCAACCUGGCCGGAUAAGUGUACCUAUUCGCGGCAUACCUUCCCACCAGUUAUCAUUAUAAAUAAUACGGAUUCAGAGGCCAAUACCGGAUUGGUUCAUAUUCCGUUUCCGGAACCCGGUAGAUGGUUCGUAACGAUGGGAAUCUUCUGUCAGGGAACCGAAACAGCAGCUAGAGUUACCAUAAUCGAUAGUGUAAAAGAAUUUAUUAAAAAGUAUCGGGAAGUUUUGUUGGACAUGCGACAUCCGUGUUCUUGUGCGGAAUCAGCCAAAUUCUAUCGGAAAUGUUUGGAAGAAGAAGGGUGUUUGACUAGCCUGAACGAAACAGAAACGCUUAAGAUCAAGGAGUGUAUCAUGGAUGCUAAGUGUACGGAACAUUCAGAUGACAUGGCGAGAAAGUUCGAAGUACAUCAUAAGUAUGCUACAGAGCAAAGUGUAGCUGCGGAUGGCGCAUGUAACGGAAGCGUAGUGUUCACAAUAUCAUCUAGCCCCUGUGUUGCUGGUAGAUGCGGCCAAUUUGGUCGUUGCUAUCAUUACAUGUCGGGAGGAUUCGUUUUUUCGACGUGCCUAUGCUUGAGGAAUUACCGCGGCUGGGAUUGUACAGAAGAUUCGCAGGUUCCGUCCAGUGCAUCGAUUCUGCUAGCUUCACUGAUGCUAACUUUAUCCAAUCUACUGUUUCUACCUAGUAUUUUCUUCGCUAUUAAACGAGGCUACUACACAGAAUCGAUCAUCUACUUCUUUGCCAUGUUCUUCUCAACGUUCUAUCAUGCUUGCGAUUCGGGCGAAGAACAGUUUAGUUUCUGUCUCGUGAAGAUUGGUGUCCUGCAAUUCUGUGAUUUUUACUGUGGUCUGCUAGCCAUCUGGGUUACGCUGAUAGCAAUGUCCAAUGUGAGAAGCCAGUUUGUCUCACUAUUACACAUGUUGGGUGCUAUUCUACUGGCCUUUGGAACUGAGCUAAAUAAGCAGUCCUUGUGGGUGUUCCUAGCUCCAGCUUUGACAGGAAUCUGUUUGAUCUCCGUCAGUUGGGGUCUUCGCUGUCGUAAGACAAGGAAAUGUUUUCCAUCUCGGGGAUACCUAGCCUUCUUUCUUCCGGUGGGCAGUGUCCUCGUCAUGGUCGGUCUUAUUUGUUACGCAUUUUUGCAAACCAAACAAAACUACCACAUCGUCCAUUCGAUCUGGCACAUGGUGAUGGCACUGAGUAUCCUUUGUCUGCUUCCGAACCGAAAUACGUUUCAACCAAAAUGCUAGCAUACGGUUAUGAUCUAUCUGCUCAACUCCUCCUCGCAAUCGUCCAACUCAAUGUCCACAGCGACGACCUCGGGUACGACGCCCCCGGUAGCACCGAAUACGACUUCAAGUGAGCAAAUCUCCAUCCAUGCUGAUCCUCGGGGUGACAUAUUCCGCAUAACCGCCGCAGCAGGCGAAACGGGAACGGCGACGAAUACUGCUACCGCACAAAACGGCACUGAUCAGGCGGGCUCAAAUCAACGGAGAAGAUCUGAAAUGGAAAUCACUCCAUCAGUAUCAUUCGUGAAUAAUCUUACCGAGACGACUCAGAUCAGUGCCAGCAACAGUAUGACACUGUCAUCCACCUAUUCGUCGUUGGCUUCCACAACGAUGACGGCCAGAGAUGUGGGCAGAUAGGUUUUCUCCGGCAGGAUAGUGUUUUAUUGAGAAUAUCGGAUCAAAUGAGGAGUUUUCACAGUGUAUUUCCAAAAUUGACAAAGAAAUUUUUAAAUUCCAAUAUGAACUUUGAGUUAGCUGUCUGCUAUAGCCAACUACUGCAUGUUAUCUAGAGAUAUAAUGGGUAAAAUUUACCCAAAGAAAGUCAUAUUUUUAUGGGUAAAAUUACUGGUUAUUUUUUGACACAAAAUAGACACUUUUUUUAAAUUCGUUUUCAAUCAAAACAUUCUCGUCCCAAUCGCACAAUCCUUUCGUUAUUUCUUAUUGAAGAUUCCUUUUAAAGUUGGAUUUCUGGUGCAAUUCCUCAACCACCGAUUUUUCUUGGACGAGCACAGCUGCCAAAAAAAAGUUGAACAUUUCAACGAAAAAAAUAGUUUUACUUCUGAGCAUUUUCAAAUAUUCACGUAACUGGCAACUCUGCUCACGAAAUUGACGGGCAAAAACGGAACAAAGCAAAAAAAUAAUCAGAUUUUUGUGUUGUCAUGCAAAGACGUCAACGUUCUGUCAGAUUGAAGUUAUUGCACUUAUGAUCACACUUUUGCUUCAGCACAAUUUCUUACAGUGCAGUUCGAUUUGGUGUGAAUUAUUUGGGUUUAAUUAUUAUACAGAGAGUGUAAAAAAAUCUCAAGAAAAACUUGAUUGACAAAAUUUUCUCAUAUUAUGUACUUGACGAAUAAUAUAAAAAAAACAGAAGUGACUUUUUAAAAUGAUCUGAGACUUGCUCUUUUUACCUUAAAUUUUUCCAAGAGUCUGAAAAUAACUGUCGAACUGUCAAAAACAACCAUACUCUCGAGCAGGAUUAUUCCAGGCAAUGUAGUAACUAACUACUGAACUGACAGAUUUUAACCAAAAAUUCGCAAAAUAGAAAUGGUUCACUGCCUAAGUUGAAAGCCGAAGUUAAACCAUUUACGACUCCAACUACUAUCCAUACGUUGACAUAAAACGAAAACGCAAAUUAAAAUUUGGGACAAUCUAAGUAAUGUAUUUUUUCCGUUCAAUAUGGGAAAAAUUUAUAAAAUUUUGCACAAUGCUUGCCCAUAUUUUCACAUGGGUUAUGCUUACCUGAUCAUCAAGCUGUAACAAGUUUAUAACAAAAAGCCGUUUUCGUAGCUGAUGAUGUAAGUCUGGUCUCGUUAGUAGUUUAAAUAUCAGAAUUUCCUAACAAGUAUCAAAACGAGAAAUAGUAUCCAUACGAUAUGUCGAUCGGGUACGGAUUGGUUCGAGAAUCUGUCAGAUUAAAGUGAAAAAAAACUUAAUUGUCAUUUCGCUUUCUCCUAAUUGCUGUCCAAUUUUGCACGUGUUCGUGCUGAUUACUACCCGCUUGCAUUUGCCUGGCAGAUUUCUCCCCAGAUACCUGGCAGCGUUAGUCACAAGGGUUUGCCGGAAUGCUGGCAGAAUUCCGACAGGAAUCUAGCAACAAUUCAACAGCCGUUUCCGGUAGAGAAUUUCGCCUAGCGGUUAUUAACGGUUCUUUUUCAGCCGGGUUUUGCCAUACAAGACUGUCAGGACCGUUUUGAAUCUGUUUUUCAUUUUUUUUCAUUAGAAGUUUAAAUGAAGGGCAAUAACGCAGCUUUUGCACUACCUAACAUGAUAUGCAAAGCUUCCUCUUCCAACAUACCAGUAUUUUCAUUUCCUUUACCUGGUCUCAAGACUCGUUUUCAUUUUUGGAUUUACAUGCAGGAUUGGCGAAUAUCAAAUGAAGUCGAACAGAGAAAAGAAGGAAGAGCGAUCUUGCAAGACGUGGUGUGACGAGUGAACGACGCAAUUUCGGCUGCAAAAUUUUGACAGCUGCCAGAAUCUUGACAUUCUUCUGCCGGCUGCCAGAAUUUCUCACGAGCAAGUAGUUGUCAUUAUCAUUUUCUCUAGAUGGAGUGUGAAGAAAUGGCGUAAGCCGCCGGAUGUUCUUCAACUUUGAUCGUUGUAUGAUAAAUGAUUUAUUUAUUGUUGUUGUGUCGAAAGAUUUUGCAUUAAAAUUAUUUUUUCUUCUGAGAAAAUCAAUUUUGUGAUUAUUUACUAAAUUUCUGACAGAACCUCCCUUGUCAUUACUAGUGAUUGAUUGAUAGCUGAAAUUAUUCGCGGUCGGUGUUAUAUUUCCAAACAAAAAUCAAAGGAUAUUUUACACACAAAAAUCACUUUUGCCAGCCCAACAUGUAUCAUUCUUUACACUGUCCCAUAAAUAUAUACGCAAACAUGCAACACAAAAUCGCUAUACGUGCCUUUGCCAUUCACAAAAGAGGGAUUGAAGACCAUGAACUAACCUUAAACUCUUCAUGGCAGCUCCAAAAAAUGUCCACAUCAACCGCAAAAAAAACUGUAUAACUAUUGCUUAUACAGUCAUUGUCCGAUAUCAAGUCCUGCAAGCUGGCAAAUAAUGAAAAUCCCAUCUUUGAUUUUCGAAUAUGGCAAAACAAGUUUUUAUUCUUUCAAGAAACAUGUUAAUUAUAGAGAAUUGACAAACGUCACCAAAACUAACAAAUUUUACGUAAUUGGAUCUGAGCUCGGGUCUCAAACCCACAAAAACUUUAUCUCUCCUGGGAGGCAAACGAGGCCACAAAUGACCACAAGAUCAACACGACUAUAAUCAACCGCUGAAUAUAAUACUCUGUCAUCUGAAUAGAGUGGCUAAUCUAGACUUAUACAGGGUGACUGAUAGUAUGUUUUUUUUUGCUACGGAUUCACUGACGAUAAUGCAGCAGCUGUCAGGAAACUUUGGACACUUCCCGUUUGCAUACGCUGGAUACUUUCGGUUAAGUUUCCUUGUGAAUACAAAAGCACGCACGAGAAAGAAUUCGUUGAGGGAAAUAAAUCUUGAAGAAAUGUACACUUGUCGGAGUUUUGAAUAAAAUUACUUCUUCGUAGGGUAAGGGUACCAAUAAUCAGUGAUAAUAAAAGUGAGAUUAUAUCUGUUUGAAAUAUUCAAAACGACGAACGUAACAAUGAGAGAUUCUCUUUGUUUACUUUCUCUUCCGAUUAUUACGGUAUUCUUAGCAAUGCUUCUCUCCAAUUAUUUACCGGUAAUAAUAACCAAAGCUAUCAUCUUUCAAUCUGCACUGAGGAAAUUACCGAAAAAUGCAGGAAUAUUUCGCAAUAAUCGAAAGAGAAAUUUUUGAUUUUUGAACUACUUGAAUUUGACAGAUGGAACGUUAUUAUGAAACAUUUGCUAAAUUGUUCACAACAUUACUGAAGUUAUAACAAAUCACCAAUGGCGUAUUUCAAGUGUUCCAAUGUUUGUUAAAUCUCUAUUUUGAUUUUUAUUGCCCAGCUAGAAACAUGACGGAAACUGUAAAACUGUUGGGGUUGAAGAGCUGUCAAAUUUUCUCUAUGUGAAACUGGGGUUAGCAAUUGGGAGAACGCAGUUUUGAAUCCUGUUAUGUUUUUUGCCAAUGUUUUUUUACACAUUUUCCGAAAGUUUUUCGUUUCAUCAGUUUUGUCAAGAAUAAAAACAUCAUUAAAUUUCCACUACCAGAAAAUAAAAGUAAAAAUGAAGUCUUUGAUAGAGAAGUAAUCUUUGCGUUUUGAUGGAAUGGUAACGUCAAAGUGAUGACCGACAUGAUUUACAUAGUUCGGAAAACACCGUUUUUGAACAACAAAUCAAACCUAUUGAAGAACUGUCAACUUUUCAGAUACAAUGAAGGUAUUUAUAUAGAGAUUUACUCCAUUUGAUCCGGAUCAAGUCGCACUAUUUCUCAAUACUGCGCAAACUGCACUCGAAUCUGUCAUGUUUAUUUUAAUUCAUUUGACAGGUCAGGACUGGGCCAGAAGCAACAAAAUUUCGAGUAUUCUCGCGAUACCAUCAUUUCUAGAGAAUUGAGAAAUACGUUUGCUUAAGUUCAAUGACUAGAAUUCCAUGAUAAUGAACAACAUUUUGUCAUUCAUUGUUACAUUCAUAUACGUCAAACUUUACAACACUAGUCUUCGCUGGGUGAAGACCUCGAAUUUGAAUCGUGUCUACAUUUUGAGUCUCUGCGUAAGUGUAUGGGUGUUUAUGUGUGUACUUGUGUUUGGAUAUAUGAUUCAACCCGGAUAGUAAUAAUUUUAAGGAGAGCGUUUCAGCGAGGAAGGAACAAUCGAGCAUUGAAUAUAUCUAAUUAAAUGUUGUAGCUCAAUAUUUCUGAAUGUAAAUCGAUCCUACAAGCAAAUAAAUUGCGGCAACUAAACCCAUUCAGUAAUCGGUGGAAAUGUCAGGUUAUUUGUGAAAUUGAUCGCAAACCGAAUAGCUAAAUAUACCUGUCGCAUGGAACGAAUCAUUCCACACUGAAGUAAAGUGAUUGAAAUGGAAACAACUACAUUGUGAUCUAUUCUAUAAGUAAAAGGAAACCGAACAAACUAUAAAUGUUAGAUAUCUGGCACCAAACCUAAGAAUUGCACUUGAAUACACACGAAAAUAAAAGCUCAAUGAUGUUCUCGCACCCCAAACUCAAUGGUUUAAUUUUCUGGUUCUAAGCAACUGUGAUUGUCGUCACAAAUUAGAUUAAAAAAAUAAUAACACAAGCUAACCACAAUUGUUGCAGCCAGUCUGUUUUAUUUUACAAUUUUGCCGCCUGAACGUUCAAAUAUCGGUAGCAUCAGUGAACUGGAUAGAAAAACCAAAAAACAAAACAGAUUCAAAUCGAUUAGUAUUUAUGGUGGAACAAAUUAAUGACAUAUUGAAGAUACUAUCACUAAUGGAAAAGUAAUACAAAACCGUAUUACUAUAUAGGUGAACUUUUUACUGUAUGCGCAAAAGAUGAAAAAGAUGCACUCGCCGUGUCUGUCUAUCGAUAGGGGAAUUGUAACAUUAGUAGGGAAAACACAGAAUAUAACAGUGGAAAAAAACUGAUUUGUAAAUGGAAACAGUAUAUGGUAAACGAUGUAGGAAUAAAGAAUGGCAUUUUUAUAAAUAAAAA